AUGUUGUACUACCCGUGCAAAAACAAGUAUGAUGCGUGUAUGAAUGCCGGUUUAAUCAACGUGCUGGACAUGAUUAGCGCCUACCGUACUAACCAGACUGGCCUACCAUUAGAGAAAAUGAGUGCAGCGGAAAUAUUUGAUUGUCGUCUCUGUACACAUACCAGGGCGAAACCAGGGCUAUUAACGUGGAAAGGGAUCACCCGUACAUGUAAUUUGACUGAGAUUGAGGCCACGGGCUUUCAACUGCUUAUAGCGGUGACGGCCGACCCUACCGUCAAUCAGGAAAGCCAGUUGUCGCGCAUGUUGGCAAUGUACCCGCCGGUGGUGUUGAUUAAGUCCCAGUCCCAGGUGUUUCAAAAGUACACUGGUGGUAUCAUGGACAGUUUUGAGUGCCAGUUCGGUCCCGUAGACCACAGCCUACUAUUAGUAGGCGAGGGCUCCGACAACGGAACGGACUAUUGGAUCGCAAGGAAUAGUAAAAUGGAUGAUCUCUACGAAGAGGACGAAAGAGAGAAUGGAGGGUCGGGUCAGGUAUCGACAACGACACCGGGAACGACACUGUCGACACUGACAGAAGGAGUAACUGUGUCGUUGGAGGAGCUGAUGACAAUUCCGCCAGAUCAAUUGACUGCGAUUUCUCAGCAACAAAACAUAUCGAUCAUCUCAAAGAUGAUACAAUUGAGAGAUAAUCUGAAAGAGUGCGAUGAAAUCGUUGUGAACGCGUUCCGGGUGUCGGACUUCAUGCCAAACUGCGAUACGCCAGAGCAGGAAGAAGCGUGGAAGGGAAAGAUAAUGCCAGUAUUGCUAAAAACGAUUAACGAAGAUGUCGUCGCCCGAUGGGUAAUGACCGACUGCUUUACGGCAGUUCAAGUGCUCGCGGUCACCAUACAAAGUGCCUAUGAAACUUUAAGAACCACCAGAGGCAGUCAGGAAGGCAUCGAUAUAGUUAAGCGCCGGAUACCGGAGGCAAUGGAAAAAAUAGAAGACUGCAUCGCUAGAGCCAAAACCUUGACCGGCAAUGGAAUGCAGCAAUUUAAAGAAAGCAUCGGGAUCGUAAUGGAUUUGGCAGGGAAGGAAGCAGGCAAAAAGGUAGACGAACUGGUGGGGUAUCAUGAUAAAAUCAACAUUGAGCUCGAAAAAAAGAAAGAUUUUCUUUAUAAAUUAUCCAAAGACCAGGGUGAUCAGUUACGCUACGAAAAUUUGAGGAAUGUGGUUGUUGCUAAACGGGACGCGGUACUAAAGGAGCUUAGUGAAAUUGAGCGACAAAAACUGGAGCUAAGGGAUAUGAAUAUGGAAAUAAAUAAAAAAAUACAGAAUAUUCCGGAAAAGGUUACGGAACAGCGCACGGUUAAGUCAACUCAGAAGGUCCUUUGGGGAAUGUGGUCGAGGAAAGGGUCAGAGGUGAUCGAUGUAGAGGUGACAAAUCCGAACAAGGAGGAUGAUAAAAAAUUCUACACAAGCGUCAUCAACGCACGGGCCAACCUCAUCGCCCGGGAAGACGGCACCGUUAACUCCAAGGCCGCGGUGCUCAAGGACUUAAACGAACAGUACGCCCAAUACUCGGACGCGUACGUGAAGGCGUCUGCCGCCGUCGACGCAGCCAUGAAGGUGAAGGACGAAGUGGAGCUUAAAAUCAAUAAGAGCCUCAAAUCGUAUUACAAGGACAUCGAGGACACAAAAAAGGAGGUUGCCCAGCUGGAGACCAAGUUUGGCCACCGGGGCGAGUCGCUUGUCAACUGUCUGACGCAUGUGAAGUCGUUCGGCGCGAGCAUGAAAGAGGGCGCCUCCGCAUACUCGCCCAUCUAUCAGAUGCUGGAAGUUAUCGUAGGUCAAAUCAACAUCAACGUAUUUAAGAAUAUUGACCGUUUAGAGUAG